ACACGUGCCCUACCCUAAUCUGUAUCCAGACCAGUCCACUAAGCGAGGAGUGGACCAUGGAAGAGCGCUUCCGACCUCUGACCUUCCACAGCAUCAUCUUUGCGGUCCCAGUUGGUCAACCUGCUCAUCCGUGGUGUCUGCUACACAGAGAACAGUCGAGUGCCACGCAGCCCAGACUGUCAUACGCUGAGAUGACUGAGGACUACCCCUGUUUCCCAGACAUCCACAACUUGGACCUGGCCCUCCUCAACCCCCGCAUGAUAGUGAUUGUGGGAAUAAUCACACGACACAAUUUAACCCACGAGUUCCUUUUGGUGAAACUCAGACAGCACUACAUCACCAUUUCAGCUCCAGAGUCCAGUCUUUAAAGCCGACAAGAGCCGCCUGCGUCUUGCUGUCCUUGGGACACAAUCCCCCUGUAACUGGAUCUGUGCCAUGCUUUUCCAUGUCUUAUCCAUUACACACACCCAACCGCACAGCAUCCAUUCUCUGUAUGAGAUAAUAGGCACACACCCCUUGUAAUGAAAGCUGGUGACUUUUGACUGCUGAAGAGCCUUCUAUCACCCAAAGACGUCCUCCAUGUCCCAACACAUUUUCAUGCUUUACCAACCAACCAACCAAGAUUCAUCAUCAUUAUCACUGUAGCACUUUUGUUUAGAUUUCUGACUGUAUUUUUAAAAUGUUAUGUGUACUGUAUAUUUAAAUGUUCUAUUCUAUAUAUUUGCACAAAAACAAUUUCACUGUUCCGCCAGGGCUUCGAUCAAAGUAGGCUCAUCAAGAGAUCGAGAUUAGGGACCGUUUCAAAUCAAGGGAUAUGUUUGGAGCUACAUUAACACAGCAAUGCAUAAUUUCACUUGCAUAUGUGAAGCUGAACAACAGACAGUUGUUCUCACAAAUAUUCAGCCAACAGGGUUAUGAGAGUGGAAUGGAAUCGACAAAAGUUUAUUCAUUUUAUUUUUGUUAUUUUGACUAAAUAUGCUGGGCCAAGGAAGGCUCAGCAUAUUUUCUAGACAGAAAAUGGUGGAUGUCUGUUUGUCAGUAUUAAUCCUUAAGAGUCUAUUGGCGUACCCGUGUGUCAAUCUAUGUAACAUAACAAAAAUACCCCCAUCAAAAUCUGUCAGGUUAAGCCAGAGAUAUCAGUGUUUUUGCAUGGGCUGCGUAACAAUCCACCACAUCCGCCUAUGUCAGGCAUACCGCAUCUGCGGUUGAAGGUGGCCGAGCUACAGCUGUGUUUGUCAGACCAUGAAACAUCCUGAAAAUCGGUAUUGUCACAAAAACGUCUAUAGCGUCCGAAUGGUUUGGCCUACAAACUCUCACAAACACUAUUGUGUUCUACCUUUUGCUCUACGACCCAACCACAAGUGUCACGGGAAACGUCUGAAGGUAACUCAUACAAAUGAAUGGAAGUAGUUUUGUGCCAACAAAAAAUGGUGGUAGUUUAAAGGUAGAAUCUGUAAUAUGACAUCAUCACAUGACUCAAGGGAUGGUGUAGAUUGGGAUACGGCAGUAAUGGCUGUCUUGUUAAGUUGAUGUGUGUAACUAGGAAGUUGCCCGACUGUGUAUGGCACUGGUACUUAAUUGCGCGGCCUGCGGGCUGCAUGCCCUUAAUUUGCGUCUCGCUGUGAUUUUCUUAUUUCCAUGCAUAAUACAGUGGGGCAAAAAAGUAUUUAGUCAGCCACCAAUUGAGCAAGUUCUCCCACUUAAAAAGAUG